CAAGUAUCCGCCGCCCGCUAUUAGACAGUAAAUUACAUAAAGAACUCAUUUCAUGCACACCACUCACCAAUAACGUAUUUCGUAUGUCAUCGCGUGUUAUUAAUGCAUCGGAUGCACGGGCAACUUUGAUGCGCGAAGUUUUCGAGCCGUUAUCAGCGGACGUUGUCAGUGCUGCCGCUGGACAUCCGUGCAUCCCCAAUUCGCAGGCCGCGCUGGGUAUGCUGUUUGAUGCGUUUCAAGAACGAUACAUUGGACUUUCCCGUGGACGUGGAGCAGGCGAUGCUGAUGCGCCACCACCAGUGGAUUAUUUUCGCAAUCUCACCAUACCUCAGAUGGAUAGUAAACUACACGCCGCAACGGAAAAAAGCAGUCUAAUAUCGCCGCUUCUCCAUCGCGACGUGGACGUCAUGCCGGGCAUCAACGAAAGCAUGUAUUAUUUGGCAAAAACCGGCAGUUACUGUGAGAUGCAUUACGAAGACGGGGGUUUACCAUCGUUGAAUUUAUUACGCUGUUUAAUUCCCAAUGGUACACCCUUUGCCACAACUACCGAUGGCGCCAGCCCGCCGCUACCUGCUCAAGGAGCCGAGGCCGAAGGGGUAGCAGACAACCCGCAACCAGUCGAACGUUUCGGUAAAAUUUGGCUCUUUGUGCACGACAAGAACCAAAUAUUGAAUGCUCUUCAUGACGAAGUCCGUCGGCUACUAUGCCCCCUCAGCGACACGACCCCGAAACGCUGUGUAAAUUUCAAUCAUAAAGACAUCCUAAUUACUCGAGCCUUCCUGCACCAGUACCAGCUGCCAUAUUCCUUGGUCGGUCAGGCGCUCGGUGACAUCAUCUUUAUAAAAUCUGGCAUCUUCCACCAGGUUAUUAAUAUUGACAACUGCUUUAAUGAGGCCGUUAAUUUUGGUACACCGAAUUGGAACCUGCAUGCCGACUUAACCCACUUGUGCAGAUGCCCGCAAGAAAAAAUCAGCAACAUCGCCAAAAACACAAAAGUGCUUGUAGCCACACGAACGGCCACAAUUAAAAUAUAUGAUUGUCCCAUCGACGGUUGCGCUGCUCAAUUUUGUUUACAGAAAAACUUGGAUCAACAUAUGAUCCAAGUACACGACCACCGCUUUUCAUGUCCCGUUUGCCAUCAAAAGUACCGCAGCAGGCAGAUCUUGAAGAGACACAUUUAA